UGAUCUUAUAUCAUGGAAUGGAAAACUAAAAUACGAAUCCUGAAAUUCAUAAGGGUUGGCGCGUCAGUUAUACACAAGAAGAAGGACUCGCUUGAGCUCAUCCAAGGUUAUAUUACAUAUUUAGAAGACCCUGAGUCAUUAAUAAUACUCUUGAGUUUUAGGAUAUGAAUGUACCGGUAUCAGCAAAUCACCCCCAGAGCUAUGCUAUCAUCCAAGGAAACCAGCCCUCAAUUCUUACCUCUGCUGCCUCUUCAACUGCACCAUUGCAACAGUCUCAGACUCCUGGUGGUGGAGGUGGUGAUGUUCACAUAUGUGGAACAUGUGGGUCUCAUUUUACUGAAAUUAAGGAAUUUGUUGCUCACAAACAACAAGGAUGUCAAAACAGCAGCAUUGUUGGCACACAAGGAAGUAUAGCACAGCCCCAGUUGUCCUCAUCAACUACAAUUCAUCAGCCACAACCACCUCAUGGAUCUGUGGUUAGUACUUCAAUACAGAAAUAUUACACCUAG